AUGGCGGGCGACGCGCGGCGCGGAGGGACCGCAGAAGGCGGCGAAACAAAAGAGGACGAGACUGUCCACCCACGAAGGUUCUACACCCAUGAGAAGGAAGGUGGAAAUGUUAGACCAGUUAAAAUGAUGGAGGAAUUUCGAGAGGUUUUUGCUGAUUGCGGACUAGUGGAUCUUAGUUAUACGGGCUGCAUGUUCACUUGGCAUGGGGGCCAGAUCAAGUACUAUGAUGUUGCCACACCCAAGGACAAGCAAACUCUAAUGGAGGUUCAGGAAUGGCUGCACAAAUAUGGCAAGGACGCGACCAAAGGAGUUUUUAUGGCAAAGCUGGAAGAACUCAAAAGGUUUGGUGCCUCUAUGGAUGCGCGCUACAGAGAGCGCGAAGAAAUAUGUCCCACUCUGGAGCAACUAGUGUACCGCAUCCGCAGUUUCAGAGAAGCUGCACUGUCCAGUGACCCAAAGUUCAAUCACAACGACAUAUCAGAUAAACAACAGGUUCUCGGUGAGUGCUCGGCAGUGCAGAAUUGGUUGGUUGCUCUACUGAAUCCUGCUCUCCUUGUUUCUGACCUUAGGAAGAAGGCCAAAGCACUUGACCAAUUCUGCAAGCCGAUCAUGGCGAAUCCAACACUAGCACCGGAGCCACAGACUCCACCCCUGUCGGAAACCGCAGAAUCAAAGGGUCAAACACCAGAGGAACACCAUGGCGGUGCCACUGAAGCUAGCAAGCCGGCCAGUGAGGGAGGUGCACAGGAGCUGCCUGCAGCCGAGCAAAUGGGUACUGAAAAACCUGAUUGUUCUCCCAAUACUUCCUUGGCAUGCGCCUAUUGUUGUUCAAAGGAGGUUUUAUAUCCGUCAGUGACUGGAUUUCUCUAUGUUGGUACUUGGUAG